ACCACCAGGAUCACUGAGCUGCUAAGCGGAGAGGUUCCUAUAAGGUGUCAGGAUGUCACUGUCUAUUUCUCCAUGGAGGAGUGGGAGUAUUUAGAAGGACACAAGGAUCUGUACAAGGACGUCAUGACGGAGAAUCACCAGUCCCUCACAUCACCGGAUGGAUCCAGUCAGAGAAAUCCACCAGAGAGAUGUCCCAGUCCUCUGUAUUCCCAGGACUGUCCAGAGGAGAAACCAAAUAUCCCACUGGAUCAUCAGGAAAGUUCUGCGGGACAGAGGACUGGACUUGAAAAACCUCUAUCAGUGUCUGUGAAUGGUAAGGACAUGAUGAGAGACUGUAAUGGACAUCAAGAUAACAGUGACACACAAGCAAAUUCAAUAACUCCUAAUAUACCCAUAGACCUUCAUAGCAGAGAUCAAUCAACUGACACCACUGGUAACAAUAAUAUUUUGUCUAAUCAGUCACUGAUUAGUAAAACAGGAACUGGAUAUGGGGAAAUAUUACAUGGAAAACAGAUCACUAUGAUUUUAAACACUAACCAGUGUUUGAAUGAAAGAAUUCACAACGACGAAAGGCCAUUUUCAUGUUUGGAAUGUGGGAAGUGGUUUAACAAAAAAUCUAAUCUUGUGGAACAUCAGAGAAUUCACACAGGAGAAAAGCCAUAUUCAUGUUCAGAAUGUGGGAAACAUUUUACCCGUCAAUCAGGCUUUAUUCAGCAUCAGAGAACUCACACAGGGGAGAAGCCAUUCUCAUGUUCAGAAUGUGGGAAAUGUUUCGGUCAGAAAGCAAGUCUUGUUAAACAUCAGAGAAUUCACACAGGGGAGAAGCCAUUUUCUUGUCCUGAAUGUGGAAAGUAUUUUAGUGAGAAAUCAUGUCUUAUAGCACAUCAGAGAGCCCACACAGGGGAGCAGCCAUAUUCAUGUUCACAAUGUGGGAAAUGCUUUAACCAGAAAUCAGGUCUUAUUAAACAUCAAAUGAGAACUCACACAGGAGAGAAGCCAUUUUCAUGUCCUGAAUGUGGAAAGUCUUUUGGUCAGAAAUCCAAUUUUGAGAGACAUCUAAGAAUUCACACAGGAGAGAAACCAUUUUCAUGUUCAGAAUGUGGGAAAUGUUUUGGUCAGAAAACGGAUCUGGUUAAUCAUCAAACAGCUCACACUGAAAAGCCACUUUCGUGCUCAGAAUGCGGGAAAUGUUUUAGCCACAAAUCAAGUCUUGUUAAGCAUCAGAGAAUUCACAAAGGAGAGAAGCCGUUUUCUUGUUCAGAGUGUGAGAAAUGUUUUCAUCGGAAAUCAAUUCUUGUGGAACAUCUAAGAAUUCACACAGGGGAGAAGCCAUUUCCAUGUUCAGAAUGUGGGAAAUGUUUUAGCCAUAAAUCAGGUCUUGUUAAACAUCUUUUGAGAGCACACAAAGGUGAGAAGCCAUUUUCUUGUCCUGAAUGUGGGAAAUAUUUUGCUCAGAAAUCAAAUCUGGUGCUACAUUUAAGAAUUCACACAGGAGAGAAGCCAUUUUCAUGUUCAGAAUGUGGGAAAUGUUUCAGACAGAAAUCAGGUCUUGUUAAACAUCAUAUGAGGACUCAUACGAGUGAAGCUAUGUUAUGAAUGUGGGAAAUGUUGUAGUCAGAAAGAUUCUAUAGAACCUGAAAUGAACUGUACUUGCAUAAAUAUGUUUAGUUGUAAUUAUUACCACUGGGGUCACAGCAACUUGCAUUGGUAGU